AUGACCCUGUCCCUCGCGGCGGGCACCUUCGCGCUACACUCCAACAUCUUCAAGCUGACGGCCACCGUCAUGGACCACUGGUGCAGGCGGCCCGCUCUCUUCGAGAACCUCAGCGUGGCCGAGUGGAAAGAGCUCGCCAUCCCCGUGGACGAGCGCGGGAAGCACAGCCGCUGCACCGUUCGCGACCCGCCUGGCGCCGGGAGCGCGGCUCGCAUCGUGCGCUGCACGUCGUGGGAGUUCGACCUUAGCGCGCACGGCCACAAGAUCGUGAGCCAGUGGAGUCUCGUGUGCGACCGGCGCUGGCUGAUCGCGGUCGCGUGGCUCGUACACUCGGUCGCUUGCAUGGCCCCACUGGCCUUGGCGGGCGCGCUGGGAGACUACAUCGGUCGCCGGAUCGUCGUGCUCAUCGCCUUGCCGGCGAUGCUCAUAGCGGGCGUAGCGAGCAGCAUCCCCAACGACUUCCACUCGUUCGUAGCCGUGCGCUCCAUCGUGUCGGCGGCCAUCAGCGCCCUGGUGCCGCCGCUGGUCGCUCUCGUGUACGAAGUGACACCCAUGGGGAAGAUGCCGGUGUACAGCGUGGCGAGUGCAGCGCUGCUGGUGGUCGCGUCGCCUGUCGCGCUGUUCGUCACGCGUUUCUUCAAGGCCGGCUGGGCGGCGGUGCAGCUCGUGCUGAUGGCGCCCGCGUGCCUCCUGCUCGCCAUAUACUACACCGUGGACGAGUCGCCGGCCCGGCUUCUGGAGGCCUCCGUACUCGGAGACAGAGCGUGCCAUACUUCGAUGAGCCAGACGGCGUGCUGUGACUUCAUCACUGAGCAUGCUAAAUGA